UACGACUAUACCUAGCGGCGGCCGCCCGGACGUGGCAGCGUCCGGUUCCUAGUAGCAGAGGUUUUGUUGGGGUUGGUCUCUCCGAAUGUCAAACGUCAUUUAAUUUAUGUCUUAUUUUGUGUUACAUUUGUUGUGAAUUGUGCUAGCUACCGGUAUGGACUUGAUCGGACACACAUGUUAAGUAUAAACGCCCCGACGCUAACAGCAAUGUUUGGACGGUCUAGAAGCUGGGUCGGAGCCGGGCAAGGGAAGUCUAAAAGCAUUCAUUCUCUGGACCACCUGAAAUACAUGUACCAUGUCCUGACGAAGAAUACCACAGUGACGGAUCAUAACCGGAACCUCCUGGUCGAGACCAUCCGGUCCAUAACGGAGAUUCUGAUCUGGGGCGAUCAGAAUGACAGCUCGGUGUUCGACUUCUUUUUGGAGAAGAACAUGUUCGCUUUCUUUCUGAACAUCCUGCGGCAGAAGUCCGGCCGCUAUGUGUGUGUGCAGCUCCUGCAGACGCUGAAUAUCCUGUUUGAAAACAUCAGCCACGAGACGUCUCUCUAUUAUCUGCUGUCCAACAACCAUGUCAAUUCCAUUAUCGUGCACAAAUUUGACUUUUCUGACGAGGAGAUCAUGGCGUACUACAUCUCCUUCCUGAAGACACUGUCGCUGAAAAUGAACAACCACACUGUGCAUUUCUUUUAUAACGAGCACAGUAAUGAUUUUGCCCUGUACACCGAGGCCAUUAAGUUCUUCAACCACUCGGAGAGCAUGGUCCGGAUUGCAGUCAGGACCAUCACCCUUAACGUGUACAAAGUGUCAUUGGACAACCAGCUCAUGCUGCACUAUAUCAGAGACAAGACGGCUGUUCCCUACUUCUCCAACCUGGUCUGGUUCAUAGGAAGCCAUGUGAUUGAGCUGGAUAACUGUGUGCAGACAGAUGAAGAGCACAGAAACCGUGGCAAGCUCAGUGACUUGGUGGCAGAGCACCUGGAUCACCUGCACUAUCUCAAUGAUAUCCUGAUUAUUAACUGUGAAUUCCUCAAUGACGUGCUGACAGACCACCUGCUCAACAGGCUCUUUCUGCCCCUUUAUGUUUACUCCUUGGUGAACCACGAGCAGAGUGGAGAUCGCCCAAGGAUCAGCUCUCAGGUGUCCCUUUAUCUCCUCUCGCAGGUGUUUCUUAUAAUCCACUAUGCUCCGCUGGUGAACUCCUUGGCAGAUGUUAUUUUGAACGGAGAUCUCUCUGUGUUUUCACUGCAAGCUGAGCAGGACGUACAGAAAAGCUGUGCGACCGCGAGCGUCCGGCGCUUCACGAAGCCUGCAGAGAGCUUGGAAAGAUCCUUGGAAAUAAACCGUCAAAGAGGAAGAAAGAAGGUGCAGAAAAGACCGAACUACAAGAAUGUGGGGGAGGAUGAGGAAGAGGAGAAAGGGCCAGAGGAGGCCCAGGAAGACCCAGACAAGGCUAAAGGUACAGAGGCUAGUUCAAAAGGCAACAAGACAAGUGGGGACAACGAAGAGAUAGAGAUGGUGAUAAUGGAGAGGUGUAAGAUUUCCGAGAUGUCUGGGUUGAUGGAACAGAACACGACGGAUGAGGAGAAGACGGCAGCGGCUGCAGCGGCUGGAAUCAAGGUCCAGAAGAGCAGACCCUUUCUGGAUAUGGUUUAUAAUGCACUGGACUGCUCAACGGACGACUACUAUGUCCUCUUUGUCCUCUGUCUCCUCUACGCCAUGUCCCACAGUAAAGGUAUCUCCUCACAGCUGCUGGAGAAGAUCCAGCUCCCAGCACAGCAGGCAGAGAGGAGCUCGUACAGCCACGUGCUGGCAGAGCGGCUCAUCAGGAUCAUGAACCAGGCAGCACAGCCAGAUGGGAAGAUUCGCUUGGCGACCCUGGAGCUGAGCUGUCUUUUGCUGAAGCAGCUGGUGCAGUCCAGCAGUGACUGCAUCAUUAAAGAUGUGCACCUCGCCUGCUUGGAGGGGGCCAAAGAGGAGAGUAUUCACCUCCUGCGACGCUUUUAUAAGGGAGAAGAAAUUUUCCUGGAUAUGUUUGAAGAUGAACACAGGAGUAUGACGAGUAAACCGUUGAAUGUCGAGUACCUGAUGAUGGACGCCUCCAUCCUCCUUCCCCCCACGGGAACCCCUCUGACGGGGAUUGACUUUGUGAAGAGACUGCCCUGCGGAGACGUGGAGAGGACCAGGAGGGCGAUCCGGGUGUUCUUCAUGCUGCGCUCCCUGUCGCUGCAUUUGAGGUCCGAGCCCGAGACUCAGCUUCCACUGACCAGAGAGGAAGACCUGAUCCAAACCGACGACGUGCUGGACCUGAAUAACAGCGACCUGAUCGCCUGCAUGGUGGUCUGGAAGGACGGGGGGCAGGCCCAGCGCUUCCUGGCUGUGGACCUGUACCAGAUGAGCCUGGUGGAGCCCGAGACCAAGCGCCUGGGCUGGGGGGUCGUCAAGUUUGCCGGCCUGCUGCAGGACAUGCAGGUGACGGGGGUGGAGGACGACAGCCGGGCCCUGAACAUCAUCAUCCACAAGCCCACCUCGAACCCGCACGCCAAGCCCUUCCCCAUCCUGCAGGCCAACUUCAUCUUCGCUGACCACAUUCGCUGUAUCAUAGCCAAGCAGCGGCUGGCCAAGGGGCGCAUCCAGGCACGGCGCACGAAGAUGCAGAGGAUUGCCUUGCUGCUGGACCUCCCUGUCCAGCCCUCGGAAGAUGUCCUGGGUUUCUCUCGGAGCUCGACAGCCUCAUCUCAGCACCUGCCCUUCCGUUUCUAUGAGCAGUCCCGCCGCGGGCUGAGCGACUCCACCGUGCAGCACUCUGUCUUCACCUCUGUGGACAAGGUCCCAGGCUUUGCAGUGGCCCAGUGUGUAAACCAUCACAAUCCCUCCCCAAUGCCGUCACCCUCCUCCCUGUCCAGCGCCAGUGGGAGUGGGAGUGGGAGUGGGAGCACUGGGCGCUGCGACUCCAUCACAGCCAGCACCAUCUCCACCCCCUCAGCCAUGCAGAGCCCCUCUGAUGAGCCUGCCUUCCCCGACACAGUCCAGUAUGUGGAUGAGACCGGCUCUGUGGUUCCUGCUCCUGGACGAACCCUGGCCCCCAGCCUGACCCCCGCGCACCAGCCCACCAUCUCUCUGCUCUCCGACAACACAGACUCCCUGAGUGUGGAGUCCCUGACCCUCCUCCCUCCCACUGACCCCCAGCACAUCCACAGCAUCGGCUCCGAGCCGGCCGGACCCCUGCAUGAGGAGGGGAGCUCAGAGGAUCCUGAUGAGCUUGAGGCAGGCAGAGUGGAGCUGGUACAUCACCCAGCAUCGACCUAUGACCUCAUCCAGAGCUGUCCUGUGACCUCACCUACCUCUCGGUGAUGCAGCAGCUCGAUGGGACAGUCCCAUUCCUGGUCUAUGCGUUGUGUAAAUAUGGAGAAGGGGGGACAGUCAGUCAGUGUUGUGGCUUUUCUGCUUCUGUCUUUGUUUUCUUGGUUGCUAUCACACAAGAGACAGCUUUCAGAGACCUCCAGAGCUUAUCUAGCAUGCUCUACAUCGUGGGAAGGUAAAACACAAUGAGUUGUUCAUUUUCAGCUGUGAGGAGAUCUGUGUGGAUGUGUGUUGCUUGUAGCUAUACCCCGAAACCACCGUCAUUAAGUCAAAGUCAUCAGUCGGCCUUCUGACGCCAGUCACCGCCAAAAAUUAAAAUAGCCGCCAUCGCAGUCCAAUUUUUUUCUGUCUGACAAAUGAAGUAACCAAUAACGGCAUCUGUAGGACCAGUUCUGAUUAUGUACUGGCAGGCCAGAUCUGUGACCCUGCCUCUCAGUGUGACGCUUAAUCUGAGUCAUGCGCAGGGAAUCAUGGGAGUCGUAGUUUACACCAUGGUGAAGGGAUUUGGUGGCACGCAAAAGCAGAGCAGGUACUGUCAUUGUAAACUCUAUCUCUAAUGGUAUUGUUGCUGUUUCUGUAGUUUUAAUAAUGCUGUUAAAAUGUGUUUUAUGAAACACCGGUAGGUGUUUCCUAAGCGCUGCCUCGUUGGUUUUACAUGUCAUGUUUUGAAAUGCAUAGGAUUUAAAUUUAGAAAGCAUUAUUCAUAAUGUUUUUUUUUUUUUUUACUAAUAUAACCCCCUUUCUUUCACACACAUUUCCAAAUUGGAAAGCAUGCAGAUGAACUGCAGCUCACUAAAAUACUUUUGUCUAUGAGUAAAUUAGAAAAACAUUUAGACAGAUUAGUCCUAACUGUGCAAUUCUUCAGACACUCUGAGGCUGGGUUGGGUUUUAAGCGAGUGAAGUUGCCGAAUGUCAGUCCACACCAGACGCAACUUGGAAACGAUCCAAAAGAAAUAAAUGCAUGCGCCCACCCGUGCAUACUGGAGAUGGGCUAUGCCAUUACAAAACGGGGCAUGUUUUGAUAAAAGGUUACCACCCUGACCUCCGGGAACUGUUGUAAAAUAAAGGUUAUAGAUGAGAGUUAUUGAACAUGCCUAUAUAGCCAGUAGUUCUCAUUAGUAGUAGUAAUUGUACAGUUGUAGUCUGAUUUGAAGCCCGGUACAUCUAUCAGAAGACAGCUGGUCAGUAGUAGUAUAGUUGAACUGAUAUUUUCAACAGCGUUAUUUUGUUGUUCUACGUUUAACUUACUGCAAUCUUUGUUGUGUUUCUUUACAAAUUCCUUCUUUCAUCCUUUUUUGUUUAUUAACUAAGUAUUUUAAAG